AUGGCAAUGGACUUUAUGGGACAGCAAAGGUAUUCUACGGAAUUGGUCGGGGCAGACGUUCAAAAACGAUCGUUACUUCCACAGCGGUCAACUGUAUCCAAGGGAAAGUAUAGUUUGCAGGAUUUUCAGAUUAUGCGGACGUUGGGGACGGGUUCUUUUGGGCGUGUGCACUUGGUGCGAUCAAUCCACAAUGGUCGUUAUUAUGCUAUAAAGAUAUUAAAGAAACAGCAGGUGGUUCGGAUGAAGCAAAUUGAACAUACCAAUGACGAACGAAGGAUGCUGAAGUUGGUGGAGCAUCCAUUUUUGAUUCGGAUGUGGGGUACUUUUCAGGAUUCCAGGAAUUUAUUCAUGGUUAUGGACUAUAUUGAGGGCGGGGAGUUGUUUUCUCUUUUGAGGAAGUCGCAGAGGUUUCCUAACCCUGUUGCGAAGUUCUAUGCUGCGGAGGUGACAUUGGCAUUGGAAUAUCUGCACGCCCAUAAUAUAAUUUAUCGGGACCUGAAACCAGAAAAUAUUUUAUUGGAACGAAAUGGACAUAUUAAAAUUACCGAUUUCGGGUUUGCCAAGGAAGUUGAUACUGUUACAUGGACGUUGUGUGGUACUCCCGAUUACAUUGCUCCUGAGGUAAUUACGACGAAACCUUAUAACAAAUCAAUAGACUGGUGGUCGCUUGGAAUAUUGAUAUUUGAAAUGCUGGCCGGCUACACGCCGUUUUAUGAUGUCACUCCAAUGAAGACAUAUGAGAAAAUCUUGCUGGGAAAGAUUGUAUAUCCGCCAUUCUUCCAUCCGGAUGUAGUUGAUUUGCUGAGUAAGUUAAUAACAGAAGACUUAACUCGCAGGCUGGGUAAUUUGCAGAGUGGUUCACAAGAUAUAAAAUCCCACCCUUGGUUUGCAGAGGUGAUAUGGGAGAAGCUGCUGGCCAAAGACAUUGAAACCCCUUACGAACCACCUAUAACUGCUGGUGUUGGCGAUACAUCGCUGUUCGAUCAAUAUCCGGAAGAGCAAUUCGAUUAUGGAAUCCAGGAGGAUGACCCUUAUAUGAGGUAUUUUGUUGAUUUUUAA